AUGACAGACCUCACGCACUUCGACCUCCUCCCCCUCCAACUAGACCCCCAAUCCAAAUCCCUCUCCUCAACCUCGUCCUCGCGCGCCCUCGCCGCCGAGCUCUCCCAACUAAACGCCCUCCACCGCUCCCUCAUCUCCGACACAACAACCCAGCACGGCGUGCCCCCGCCGCCCAUGCCCGUGAACCCCAAACGCUCCGCCCAGGUCGCCAAGCUCCGCGACAGCGGCAACGCAGAGUUCCACAAGAAAAAGUACGGCGACGCCAUCAAGUUCUAUACCUUGGGUCUGCAAAUGGCCCUCACCCGCCCGCUCUGGGAACCCUCCCAGCUCGUCCGCGAGGAAGUCUCAGGUUUGUACGCCAACAGGGCGCAGGCGCACAUGGCGCUGCAGCAGUGGGCCGAGGGCUCCGUCGACGCCGAGGCCAGCGUCGAGGCGCGUAAGGUCGGCAACGCAAAGGCGUGGUGGCGCCGUGGAAGGUGUCUGAUGGAGAUGGGUAGGUUGGAGGAGGCGAGGGAGUGGGUUGGCAAGGCUCUCGAGUACGAGGGCGAGGAGGGCGAGCUUGUUGCGCAGUACAAGGAGAUUGAGGCCCGUUUGGAGAAGGCGUAA